AUGUCUCCCAUAUUCCGAGGCUACAACGUGGGAACGAGAAAUCACUCCACCUUGCUUACUCCUGGAAACAUGGCCACAAGGAGAGAGAUCUUAGUUGCUCUAGAAGAUAAAAAGUCUAUUUGGGAUCGAAUUGAAGCUGAAAGCCAAGAAGGGAGCAGAGAUAUGAAUCCCACGAUGGAAAGAUUCCUCUCACGAUGGAGAGAGAAUACAGCUGCCUCUGAAGAUAUGGCAAAGCUAGCAUCAGUUGGUAAGGGGCAGACAACACCACGAGAACCAACCAAUGAUAUCGCAGCCAUCAUAGAUAGGCUUGGUGAAGCAGAUGGUGAGAGCCAGAUGGAACGUAUCGAGCACUGUCAUAACGAAACAGUCAAAGCCCCCGUUGAUGUGCUUGAUGCCAACGACAAUAUGACUGGAGGUUCCGAACGACCAGCGCGUCCAGGUGCACCUUGGCCGCAACGAAUUGAGGAGCGAGCUUUCUUUAUACCUCAAUACUAUUCACCCAAGAAGCUAUGUCAUAUGGCCUCCAGCGUUGCACCAGUUUGCAUAGCUGAGGAACCCUGUGGCUGCCAUCACCAGUUGACAUAUAGUUCCUGUCCCGGACAUCUAGGCUUCCCGACUACGGUUCCUAGUUCGGAUUAUGCUCUGCAAGGGAAGGAAAAACCUGGAAAUUUGCCUCCAUCACGAUCCAUCGCGUUUCAACCAAGCGUCCCGCGAUAUGAACUCGACAAUUCAGCCACCAUCCUCACUCCUGAUGAUACGGGAAGACGAGAUGCGAGCGGCUGGAGUGAGGCAAAGACUGUGGUUAAUGUUCCAUCUUCCAUUCAUCUUCCUCCCAUAGCGAAAUCUCUGCAGAGCGGACGUCUGGAGGCCAGAGCGCAGUUAAAAAAUGGACCGAGAAGAGUAUGGACGGCCGAAGCAGAUUUGCGAAGGUUCCAUUACUCAGACAAGAAAACUUUCCCCACCACCGUGGAGCGACCCUAG